AUCACAGCCGACGUCAACCCACCUUUAUGAAAGAGUUGCCGGGGCAGUGACAUUCUUCAUCGCCAACUCCAUCUAUCGCAGCGCGCGUGAGGCGUAUGUAGAAGUCAUACAAGCGGUACACUACACAUUUCCCUUUGGCAGCAAAGGCAACAUAUAUUUCUCAUGCAGCGAGGCAAUUAGUCUAGUACAGCCCAUCAAAAUCCAACCCUGGCGAACCGAAAGCUCCUGGUCCCGCUAUUCCUAGGGUGCAGCACCACCCUCACCCUGAUCCGGCCGUGCCUAAUAAGCAUCAUCACCACGACUAGUAUCCCCCGCACUACCGGCAAUCCGAUAGCGGCAACAACGACGACGACAACCACAACGACAUCAUCAUUCUAUCACUCUACCCCCACCACCACUCCUACUAUCACCCCACUCACACUAUCCCCAUCCAACAUCAGCAUGGCCUGGCGCAGCUCGGGCGCAACGAACCGGGACCUGGUCGAGAACAUGUGGCUGCACAAGCUGAUCACGCACCCGCAAGUGAAAGACGCCUUCCUGCGCGUCGACCGCGCCCACUACGCGCCCUCGUUCCCCUACGACGACUCCCCGCAGCCCAUCGGCCACGCGGCCACCAUCUCGGCGCCGCACAUGCACGCCUGCGCCGUCGAGCACCUCCUGCCCUACAUCGUCCCCACGGAGCAGAACCGGGCGCCGAGGGUGCUGGAUAUCGGCUCUGGCUCCGGGUAUCUGACACAUGUCCUGGCGGAGCUGGUUGGGGAUGGGGGCACGGUGGUGGGCGUGGAGCAUAUCAAGGAGUUGAAGGAGUUGGGGGAGAGGAAUAUGGCCAAGUCGCAGGGGGGAAGACAGAUGUUGGAGAGUGGGAGGGUGAAAUUUAGGGUUGGGGAUGGGAGGAAAGGGUGGAAGGAAACGGGGGAGGAGGAGAAGAAGUGGGAUGCUAUUCAUGUCGGCGCCAGCGCGGCGGAGGUGCAUGGGGCGUUGUUGGAGCAAUUGAAGGCGCCGGGACGGAUGUUUAUCCCCGUGGAUGAUGAUGGGGAGGGGUGGAGUCAGCAUGUGUGGUGCGUUGAUAAGGAUGAGAACGGGGAGGUGAGUAGGAAGAAGUUAUUUGGGGUUCGGUAUGUGCCGUUGACGGAUGCGCCGAAGAAGUGAAAGGUGGGUUUGGGGGGGUGGUAUGGCCGCGAGGGGGUUGAAAUUCCCUUCUACUCUUUUCCCUCAAAAUCCUCGAAAGAAAGACAACCCAGACCGCAGAGCCUUGAUUAGGAGGGGAAGAAUGCACUUGGCCUG